GCCGCGGGACCCCCGCCCCCAUGGGGGACGCGCCGGUGCCGGAGCUGGAAGCGGUGCUGGAUGGAGGCGCUUGGGAUGUGGGGACGACUUUCGAGGGGUCCCCCACGCCCCCCGGGCCUGUCCACCUGGGCAGGAACGUUUGCUACGUCGUGCUGGCCGUGCUCUUCAACCAGGAGGACUCGCUGCUGCUGGUGCAGGAGGCCAAGCCUGAGUGCCGUGGCCGCUGGUACCUGCCCGCGGGCCGGAUGGAGCCCGGCGAGGGCAUCGUGGCCGCUCUGCAGAGGGAGGUGAAGGAGGAGUCAGGGCUGGAGUGCGAGCCCCUCACGCUGCUGGCGCUGGAGGAAAGGGGCCCAGCCUGGAUCCGCUUCUCCUUCCUGGCACGGGCCAUAGGUGGGACCCUGAAGACCCUGCAGGAGGCCGAUGCCGAAUCUCUCCAAGCCACGUGGUGGCCCGGGGACCCCCGUUCGCUGCCGCUGCGCUCUCUGGACAUCCUGCCCGUGCUGGACCUGGCCGCCCGCUACCGCCGGAGCCCCGCGCAUCCCCCAACGCUGCCGCGGGAGUUGCCCUGCUCCCCGCUCUGCCUCAGGCUCCUGCUGCCCUUCUCCAACGCCGCCGGCGACCUGUGGCUGCUGCUGGCCACCUCCGGCACCCCGCACCUGCCCGUGGUGGCCUGCGGCACGUCCCCCUCCGAGCUGCGAGCGGGGCUGCGCCCGCCGCUGCUGAGGCUGCUGCGGGACUGCCUGGCCUGGGAGCCUCAACCCGCGGCUCUGGGGCUGCUGGGGCUGCAGCACCGGCCGGCCGGCGCUGGGGACACUGACGGCAUCUGUUUUAACGUGGUGCUGAGCGUCCCCCCGGGGAGCCAGCGGGAUGAGCCCCCCGAGCCCCGCGGGGCCGCACUGCGCUGGUGGCCGGUGCGGGAGGAGCGGCUGCGGGGCCGCAUCCUGCAGAGGAUCCGGGCCACGGUGCCCGUCAAGAGUUAGGGCACAAAAAAGAUGGAUUUGGGAAUAGGGUGGGGCUGAGAAGGACACGAGGGGUUGGGUGGUGGUCGCGGGGUGCUGAGAGCAGAAAUAAAAUACACUCGGCUGCU